AUGAAAAUGUCAGAGGGUGUUCAGUCAUGGGAAGAUGUAUGUUGUUUUUGUAACAUUCCAACACCCAUGAGGCAGUGCAAAAAUAGGAGGAACAAGGGUAGAUACUUCUGGGGAUGUGCAAAUUUCCCAAAGAGGCAAUGCAAGUUUUUCGCUUGGGCUCACAGUGAAGAUGCAAUGGUAAGUAGGAAUAUUCUAGAUUGCCCAGAAGUCCCCGUUGAAGAUGAUAUGGCGGUCAAGGCAAAGCAGUUGAAGAAAGCACUGAAGCAAGCAAACCGCGAAGUUGAAAAAUGGAAACUUUAUUCAUUCUUCCUGUGUUGUUUUUGUAUUGUUCUAAUAUCCAUCAUCUUUGUCAUCUUUAACUGA